AUGGCUUCGGACUGGAGCACAACCACCUCCGACCCAAUUUUGAAUGUCGAUGAAAAUGGUCGCACUGUGACGACUACAGUACUUGUGGUCUCGCCGCCAAACGGAGAAACGGCGUGGUCGACGUGGUACAUCGGCCCAUCGGCAACAUACGAGUCGUAUACAACAUGGGUAGAUGGCAAGUCCACCACCGAAGGAUCGAUAAUAAGCAAACAGCAGCAGACGACGGAGCAGGAGCAGACUACAACAGAACAGACUGCUGUAAAGCCAACACCGACCAGCACAGGUUCAACGAACGACCCAUCGGCGUCAUCCAACAGCUCGACUGCGGAAACACCCGAUCGCCAGUCGUCUCAGCCCUCCGGCGGCAUCAGCGACGGAGCCCUAGCAGGCGCCAUCGUCGGCAGCAUCGUCGGAACAGCCCUGGUCACUCUCCUGCUAGCAUUCCUAUUCUUCCGUCGAAGACAGUCCAAGCCAGCUAAAGAGGUCGAUGACGGCGCAUAUGCUGGCGCUGCCGCUCGACACAGGAAAUCGAAAUCGGGUUCUGCGUUCCCACUUGCGGAUAUCAUCCCCCAGCCUGAACCGGCUGACGACGAUACCGUCCGGAGACGCAUUCUUACCCUGGUGGACCAGGCCGGGCUGCAUAUUGAUAACUAUUACGUCCCUGGUUCUAUGCCGGCUCAUUUAUCAGCCGAGCAGAGUGCCCGUCUGGCGGUUUAUAGCUCGACUGAGCUCCCUGCGCCGAUUGAGACCCUGCUUGCUCAGCGUGAGGUCCGGAGGCAGACUCUCAAGUAUGCCCUUGUGAGGACGAUUCUACGGGCCAUUAUACCUGGUGGUAAUGGCACAGGAGAGCUUCUCCCGAGGGCGUUUGCAGAUAUGCCAGUUGUUGAGGGACGUAGUGGAUCCUCUGCAGCAGUGUUCAACUGGCGCAUGCUCACAGCCCACCUCCACUCCCAAGCAUCAAACAACACCACACCCACAACCACAACCACAAACAGCAACAGCAACCGAAACAGCAAAAUCCAACCCUCCACAACGAUAACCGAAGACUCCCCAAUCCAGGCAACGGAAUCUCUGGCCGGCCAGUUCACAGCCGCAUUCAACCCGUACAGUUUCCCGAGCUUCACGCCCGAAGAGCGCAUAUCGCAUUUGGAGACUCUUGCCUGUUCUGCGGCGGAUUUGGGGGUUUGGUUAUUCUCCCAGCCUUGCGCGUUUGAGUUUGAUUGGAAGACUCCAGGGACGUCGGCUGGGGGGAUUAGUGUUGUCCCUCGUGUUUUGAAGGUCGCUGAUGAGAAGGGUGCUCCAUUGGUGACUCCGCAGGUCCUGGUUGAGGGGGAGAGAGUGGCUUAUACGGCUAGGAUUUAG